AUGAAGAGUCAGCAACCAUCCAAGUCAUCGACCACGUUUAUCUACUCCAACAGACUUGAGUGUGGCGACGGUGUUGAUCACAACGGCAUCACUGUGAGCGACUGGAGCAAUGGAUUCUACAAUUGCUGUGACGACAUAAUCCCCAACGGUUUCAUGGCAUUCAUUUGUCCCGUGAUCACGGUGGCUCAGAUCACUGUUCGCCUCGGGCUUGCCAAUUACGCCUUUAUCCUCGGAAUGCAUGUGGCAUUGUAUCUCUUGGGACUGGUAGCCGCAGCAGCAGGCAACCCCGUCUUGCUGCUCUUCAACAACCAGGCUAGUCUUAAGCUGCAUCACGCUUACAUAAGUUUCUGUCACCCGAUGGUGUUCCGAUGGGUGUUGCGCAAGUGCCACCCAAUAGCCAAUGUCAACGAAGAAAAUGCGAUGCAGCCGUCCACACUUUUUGCAAUCAUUCUGAUUCCGAAAUCAAUCACGGCGUCGUUCAGCGAUCCGUUGCGUAGAACGCCAGAGACAACGUCAAAAAAAUACGAUGACCGUCGUGUUGAUUCUGCAUUUGCGACAGAUUUCGUCGUGAAAGUGGCGCGUCUAUUCAAAGACACGUAUUAA